UCUCCUCUCCUCCCCCCUCGCUCCCUCCUGCCCCUCUCGCUCCCGCCUCCGCCUCUUCUUCCCGCUCCCUCCUCGCCCCCUCCCGCCCACACACUUCCGCUUCCGCUCCGCCGCCGGAAGUGGCGCUCCGGAGGACGCGCGCGCCUUGCGGGCGUCAUCGCCGCGCGCCGCCGCGGCCGCGCGGUCCCGCCGCUCCCGACCCGUCCCGACCCGGACAGGACCGGACCGGACCGGACCGGGCCGCCAUGAUGCUGGCGAGGCCUCGGGCCGCGGCCUGGGCCAAGGCCGCUGUCGCCGCCGCCUCUCGCGCUCUGUCCGUCCCCACGGGGCCCCCGGAGAGUCCGGCCGCCACCGCUGCUGCCGCCGCCGCCGCUGCACCGCAGAGCACCGCUGCGUGCCCCGCAGAGAAGCUGUUCCUGGAGAGGCCGCGGCCGCCCGUGCUGCGGGCCUGCGCCGCCGCCGUGCCCUCGCACCGCAGCCCCGCGCAGGCCUGGGUGGAGUCGCUGCGGCACCCCGACGACACGCACCUGGGCCUGGCCGACCUGCACCCCGACGUCUUCGCCGUGAACCCCAGGCUCGACAUCCUGCACACGGUCGCCAUGUGGCAGAAGAACUUCAAGCGGAUCAGCUACGCCAAGGUGAAGACGCGGGCGGAAGUGCGAGGCGGCGGCCGCAAGCCGUGGCGGCAGAAGGGCUCCGGGCGGUCGCGGCAGGGCAGCAUCCGCUCGCCGCUGUGGCGCGGCGGGGGCAUCGCCCACGGCCCGCGGGGCCCCACCAGCUAUUUCUACAUGCUGCCCAUGAAGGUGCGAGCGAUGGGGCUCAAGGUGGCGCUGACAGUCAAGCUGAUGCAGGACAACCUGCACAUCGUCGACUGCCUGGAGAUGCCAACUGCGGACCCCCAGUACCUGGUGGAGCUCGCCCGGUACCGGCACUGGGGCCAGUCCGUGCUCAUCGUUGACGUCAACGAGAUGCCCGAGAACAUCGAAAACGCUGCAGCCAGCCUGAAAACCAUCACCCUGAUUCCCGCGCUAGGUCUCAACGUGCACAGCAUGCUGAAGCACCACACGCUGGUGCUGACGCUGGACACCGUGGCCUUCCUGGAGAAGAAGCUGCUGUGGCACGACACUCGCUACUCGCCGCUCUACCCCUUCUCCAUGCCCUACAGUGACUUCCCGUAGCACCGGCGGGCGGCCGCGGCCCCUCACUCGGCACCCGUGGGACCGUUCGGAGCGGGUCGGGCCGAGCCCCGCAGCGCCUGGGGGUCUCUCGGGGCGCGACGUGCCGUCCGGGCCAUUAAAGCGAGGUGUCUCCGG